GAAGAAGCAAUCUCUGCUGGCACAAACACGGCAUUUGGCGACGCUCUUCAUCCCGCGAUGCUGACACUCUCGUUGGUGGCAAUGUUCUUCUUCGCGUCGGCGCUCCCAAUAGGCCAGAGCGAUAUCCAACGGCCCGAGUUGACACAAUGCCCCUUUACUAAGAAAGUCAUGGAACUUAAGGACUUGGUCGUAGAAGAUCUAGCGCUCGGCCAUGAUAUGAAGCUCAACUUUACUGGGCGGCUCCUGGAAGAAGUGGUAGGCGAGCCAUCUCUAAAGUUCACGAUGUGGAAUUCCUACAACGUCCGAAUGCCUUGCAUCGAGGACUACGGCAGCUGCACCUACAAACUGUGCGGAGGCAUCAAGGCGAUCGAGAAGAUGGGAAGCGUUGGCUGGAACAACACUUGUCCUAUUUUACCCGGAAUGUACGAGACUUACUUGAAGCUGCCGGUGAUAGCGGCUGCGAAGUACGUCCGCGGGAAUGGUACCUUUCGGGUGAAGUUUGAAGCCAUAAAUGGGAAAGAAGUGAUGGAAUGCAAGAUGUUCCAUGUUUAUCUCGCACUAAAGUAAAAGAAAACGGCUAUUCCGAUUGCCACUGCGUUGCUUGGCCCCGAAUCAAGCCAAAUUAAGUCAAAGUUUAUUUCAAACAGCAAAACGGUUGUCCAAGUGCGAAAAUAUGUCCCCCAUAUCUUGAGUGCAUCUGUAGAGGAGGAGGAGGAGUAGAUUUUAAUGAAGAGAAAGGAGGAGAGGUCGGCCUGGAGAGCGUGUCUCUAGCCUGCUACUCCUCACUGGGGAAAGGGGAAGUGGGAGACCUGUACAAUCGGCACCAGCUGUUAGUUUGAAUUCAUAACGGACAUAAGUUACUGCAAUCUAACGUAAAUUAUACGCCGAAAGGUGAACGAAAACAAAGUGUAAAGUCAGAACCGAGCGCUUGCGAUAGAUUUGGUGUAGUUCCAAAUAUACCAGGUUGUAUUUGAA